AUGGAACCUACUUUUCCACUACUUAGACUUCCUGAAAAUGCUAUCGUCCACGUGCUCAAAAACAUGAAUCUUAAUCAACUAUUAAUCUUUUCCCUUGUCUCUUCGAAAAUCAAACGACUUGUGACAUCAUUAAGCAUAGAAGCAAAUGAUGUUACCAUCGCCAUUUUUAGUAAAAUUAGUGUAAUUGUGCACACUACUAAAUCUCAUUUGACUCUGAACUUUUACGAUGAUUCGAAUAAUCAAAAUGAGGUACUACCAGUAGACAUUAGUCUUCCAGUUGCGGCUUCUUUUAAUAACGAGGACAGAACAAUUCAAUCAUCAACUCCAUUCAACCUCAGCGAUUGGUUGCAUCACAUUCAGUUAGUGUUAUGUUGCAAUCAGCCACUGAACAUUUAUUUUGAUCUAGGCUGCGAAAGAUUUGAAAUUGAGUCGUUGAAAGAAAUAAUUGGAAGUAUCAGGACACUCAUUCCGAAUCACCUACUGACUAACGAUUCGAGCAGGAAUGUUUUGAAAUGUUUCAAUACUCCUAACAAAUUGUAUUUGUUUAAAAACCCAUUUGAAGAUACUAGUCAGAUUCAACAAAUCUUCAUUAAAAACUACAAUGGAAUUGUAUUCCGUGAUGUAUACUCAUUAGAUGACAUGUUAUUGAUCAACAGUGAAGAAGUCAACUUCUAUCGUCCAAUAUCUCAGAAACAAUUCAACCGAUUUGUCAAACAUUGGAUCCGUGGGUCCAAUCCAAGACUGCAAUACAUGUUUCUAAAAAUCGAUAAAACUGAUUUUGUGAGCAGAGAAAUGCUUCUGAAAGGAAUUCAAUGUGUUGAUGUGGGCAAAGAAAAGCAACAAGAAAUCUGUCAAAAUCACAGCAUCGGCAUUGUCAGUUAUUAUAUGGUUGCGAUCAGACGGAAAGACGGAACACCUGCAGUGAUUGCGACCAAGGAAUUCCAGAAUGUUAUUUUUAUCCGUUUUAUAGUGCUGUACUAA